GAGUCACCCUCUACUCUCCCAGGGAACGCUCUUCAGCUGACUGAAGCAGGGAAGCCGAGCCAAUCAGAGGCCGCUUUCCUAGCUCUGUCACCAGUCUGUGCUUGAAGAAGGCUUUUGCUUUUUAUGCUCUGUAUUGGGGAGGCAGAUAAAAAUGCCAGGUCUGGAGCGUCUCUGGGGAUAACCUCGCCCUGUGUGGGGUGUGAGUGAAUAGCAUCGUGCCUGGCAAAUCCACAGGAACUGAUAAGACAGGCACAGCGCUUCCAGAGAGAGGGGCCUUUGCUUUUUUAGCUCUAGCUGUGGUUUCUGCAGCAAUUUUGUUUUUUCUUGCCUUAAAAGAGGUGCUGUGGGUUAUCAGACCUCCAUGUAUGACAAUUUGUACCUGCAUGGAGUUGAAGACUCGGAGGCUGAAGAAUAAUGUGAUGUGUUACCCAAGAUGGUGUGAACAGAGCUUCAAGGCAAUGGAGAAGACUAGGCCCAAAUAGCUGAGCCGGUGGAGUGCCAGAUAAAGCCACAGCCGGAGUGCCACAUCCUCGGCAGUCCCUCUCAGUGCCAAUGCAUUUAUGGCUGGUUCGGCAGAUUCCUAUACAAGCAGGCCAUCGGACUCCGAUGUCUCUCUGGAAGAGGACCGGGAAGCGAUUCGGCAAGAGAGAGAACAGCAAGCGGCCAUCCAGCUUGAGAGAGCGAAGUCCAAACCUGUAGCUUUUGCUGUGAAAACGAACGUGAGCUACUGUGGUGCCCUGGACGAGGAUGUGCCCGUUCCCAGCACAGCCAUUUCCUUUGACGCCAAGGACUUUCUUCACAUUAAAGAGAAAUAUAACAAUGAUUGGUGGAUAGGAAGGCUGGUGAAAGAGGGCUGUGAGAUUGGCUUCAUCCCAAGUCCGCUGAGGUUGGAGAACAUACGCAUUCAACAGGAACAGAAAAGAGGCCGUUUUCAUGGCGGGAAAUCGAGUGGAAACUCUUCCUCCAGCCUGGGAGAAAUGGUGUCAGGAACAUUUCGAGCAACUCCCACAACAACAGCAAAACAGAAGCAGAAAGUGACGGAGCACAUUCCUCCUUAUGAUGUUGUGCCGUCGAUGCGUCCCGUGGUGUUAGUGGGCCCAUCACUGAAAGGUUAUGAGGUUACAGACAUGAUGCAGAAAGCUCUCUUUGAUUUCCUGAAGCACAGGUUUGAUGGGAGGAUAUCAAUAACGAGAGUGACAGCUGACAUUUCUCUUGCUAAGAGGUCUGUCCUCAACAAUCCUAGCAAGAGAGCAAUAAUUGAGCGUUCAAACACCAGAUCCAGCCUAGCGGAAGUACAGAGUGAAAUUGAAAGAAUUUUUGAAUUGGCAAGGUCGUUGCAAUUGGUUGUUCUUGAUGCAGAUACCAUCAACCACCCAGCACAGCUUAUAAAGACAUCCUUAGCGCCCAUCAUCGUCCAUGUCAAAGUGUCAUCUCCUAAGGUCUUACAGCGGCUGAUUAAGUCCAGGGGAAAGUCUCAAAGCAAACACUUGAACGUUCAACUGGUGGCAGCUGAUAAACUGGCCCAGUGCCCGCCUGAAAUGUUCGACGUCAUAUUGGAUGAGAAUCAACUUGAGGAUGCGUGUGAACAUCUGGGGGAGUACCUGGAGGCGUACUGGCGUGCCACCCACACAAGCAGCAGCACCCCCAUGACCCCACUGCUGGGAAGGGAUGUGGGCUCCACAGCCCUCUCUCCAUACCCCACAGCAAUCUCGGGAUUACAGAGUCAGCGAAUGAGGCACAGUAACCACUCUACAGAGAAUUCUCCAAUUGAAAGACGAAGCCUAAUGACCUCUGAUGAAAAUUACCACAAUGAGAGAGCCCGCAAGAGCAGGAACCGCCUCUCCUCAAGCUCCCAGCACAGCCGGGACCACUACCCUCUGGUGGAAGAAGAUUACCCCGACUCGUACCAGGACACUUACAAACCCCACAGGAACCGAGGCUCGCCUGGGGGAUACAGCCAUGACUCCCGACAUAGGCUUUGAGGCUGCUCAAACAAACAAACAAACAAACA